AUGGUCAGCGAUAAUGAGGGAAGCGUGGGAUUGGAUAGAGAAGGAUCUGCUUUGAGUAGAUCGAGGUCGCGCUCAAACAGACCCAAUUACAAGAUUGAGGCGGAGGAUGUGGAUAUAGGUGAGGGCCACGCUCGAGACGACGACGACGACGAGUACCAGGAGGACGUAGACAUGCCAGACCAGCAAGAUGACCAUGGUGGGGUACGAGAUGAUGAUGAAGAUUAUAGUGAGUCCGCUUCUAGAAAGAGAAACAUUAGAAGGGUCGAAGAAGAUGACGAAGACGAAGAUGAUGAGGAUACCGGUGCCCAACCAAAGGCCAAUUUAAAAACUGAAGGAAGGAGCUUGAACAGUGUUCGAAGUGAUGAUGAAAGGUCACGGAGUAACUCUAUCAUAACGACGCCAACGCCCGCUAAGUUGAAAAGGAUGAGAAAUGCGUAUCCUGUUGACGAGAAGGGUGAUGCGAUCCCUGUGGUCGAUGGAGAAUACGUGCUUCCUGAUGAUCCAUCAGGUGAGGAAAAAAUAACUAAGGAUGGUGAUCUGCUCGGCGGCCGGGAGUUCAAAGUUCGUACGUUCACGUUGACGGAGAAGGGUGAUCGUAAAUUUAUGCUUUCUACAGAGCCAGCAAGGGCUGUGGGCUUUAGAGACUCGUAUCUCUUUUUUCAAUACCAUCCAAACAUGUUCAAGUUUGUCUUGAAUCAAGAACAUAAAAACGAUUUGAUCGAAAGAGGAUAUCUACCAUAUUCGUACAGACACAGGCCACUUGCACUAGUGUCCGCGAGAUCUGUCUUUAGAGAGUUUGGGCAUAAAAUUAUAGAGGGGGGUGAGGUUGGUAAGGACGAUUAUUUUGCAGAUUUGUCCCUAAUCAAUACCAGGAUCGCAGAGGGAGGACAGUCUCGAUACAGACCCAAGAAAUCUGACGGCCAUAGGGAUGGUCAGUCUGAACACUCCAACAGUCACAAGGGUGCCGGAACAGGGUUUUCGAGAAACCUGCCAGCAGUGAGGAGUGUAGCUAACCCAGCCAGAAACGCCGUAGAAUUCUUCCAAAUAGGCAAUCCUGUAGGAUAUGCUGCCAUGGCUGCCAACGGGCUGAUAAGUACAGCCUCGAACCCUCAAUUGAACUCGACAAACUGGCUCUACCAACAUUCUGCCGCGUGUAGCAGAUUCAACAGCGAUAUGUAUUACGAUAGGGUGCGUGUGCUACUGGUGGAAAAGCAGGGUAUUAGGGACCCGUACACUAACACGUUGCAUAUUCCUCAGAACACACAAUCGACACGGGUGAUAUCAUACCAGAAGACGUCUGAUGAUGGCGGUUCCGUUAAUGGGAUAACGUACGAGACCAAAAUACAAGAUCCUGAUGUGUUGAGACCGCGGACAGGGUUAAGCGCAAUUCCCUCAGAGCUUUAUGAGGGGCUUGUCAGUCCAGAAGUUCUCGAAGCUAUUAAAGAACAACGAUCAUUCGAGUCGCAAGUGUAA